AGCCUCCGCUUGCGCGCUUGCCCGGCCCGCCUUCCCGUCUGGCGAGCCCCGCGGGCCUUCAUUGCCCCUUACGCUGCAAGCUUGCGAUGGUGCUCUUGGAGGACGUCAACCCGAGGGACAUGGAGGCUCUUGAGCGUCAGGCUCAGUCCGACCUCAAAUGGAGGGCCAAGAUGGAGGCGGAGUUGGCAUCCAUCGACCGCCGCGACAAGAUCUCCGGCAUCCUGCAGAGGCUAGAGGGCUCGGACUCCGAAGUGGAGGAGGUUCUGGGAGAGGCCGCGAUGGAAGUCAUGGAGCAGGAGGACCUGCAGGCGGAGGAGAAGUGGGUUCGCCAGGUCGAGGAGGCCCGCCGGCGCCGACAACAGUUGAAACAGAUCGCCGCGCGGGUGGAGGAGUCCAGGAGCGCGCGGGACACGGCCGCGAAGAGGCGCCACGCCAUGGCCACGGAUGCGCUCGACAACCCGCCGUGGCUCGAGG